CGCGCAAGUCACCUUUCCAUUUGUGUGGCAAACGACAAGCAGAAGUCAAAGAUUUUACAUUGCUUUAAUAUAAAUUUUAUUGAACACUUUGCGUAGAGUUAAAUAUCACAUACACGCAAGAGUAUUAGUUUGUUUAUCCUGGCUAUUCACAGAAGCGGGUUUUUAUCGAUCGUCCAACAGCCGCCUAUUUUGGUUCUGUCUUUAGAAAUCUCGGCAUUGAACUCAGGAUAAGAAACACAAAUUGUGUCGAUGUUGGACAUGGAACAAUCUGAACUGAAUAAAACCACAACGAUUUGAUCUCAAAGAAUAAAGUCAACACGCAGUCUGUGAACCAGAGAGCCACACUACUACAACUAUUGUGAGUCUACAGACAAUGACGACAGCCUACGCUGCACCAAGCUCCCGUUUUUUCCUAUCCCAGUCCAAAGCGUACGACAGCCUGGACGCGAUCGUCAAACAAGAGCCCUCAGAGAACUGUUCGGACGCCGGUCGGCCCGUGGACAUGUCGGUGUCGGCUAGAUACGCCUGCGCCCAGCCCGCACCAUCCCGCUGUAGCAGCUUCCCUUUCCCCUACACCAGCCAAGACAACCACCAGCAGAACUACGACCAUCGCUCACCCCCGGGGAAUCACCAAAGUGACUCAUCGACACCCUCGUCUCCUAUAGAGCCCAGACAAUCCCCGCGCUCGCCCGUGUCGCCUGACUAUAAUUUUAAAUCAUCACGUGGUACGCUAGGUCUACCCGGGGUGAUGACCGGAAAUGGCCGAAUCCCAGGGAUGAAAUCAAUGGAGCUUCAGACAAUGAGCGCCCAGCAGCGGGCCAAGAGAGAGUUUGUCCCCGACGAGAAGAAAGACGAAGGGUACUGGUGCAAGAGACUCAAGAACAACGACUCGGCGCGCAGAUCGCGAGUAAAGCGCAAAGCUUUGGAAAAAUUAAUGGAAACACGACUUCUAGAACUACAGAAAGAAAACAUUGAACUCAAACACGAAAUGGCCGCUCUGAAAAGACAUUUCGGCAUUGAAGAAAAGACAUUCUCCUACGGGGAGUUUCCUUUUGCUAAACAAGGCACGUCACCGAGACGGUCGCCGGCGUUAGAUGACGAUAAAGACGAAGACCUGGAGCGGCAGAGCGCAGGGUCAGAAGACUCCAGCUCCAACGACGACUCCCGGGUCUACAGCAUGGGUAGCGUCACCGCCCUCAACCAAACUCUCGGCCCAGCCGUGCGCUACAGAACCAACCCCGGCAGCUCUACGACCGAAAGUCGAGGUCUAAGCAUCGAUUCCAGAAGCUCCAGAACCUGCGACAGCGGCUGCAGCAGUCUCCGGAUUGAUAAAUCCGGAGCGCUGGACUUAACCAGCGACCAGAGCGAGCGCUCCACCCCCGCCAGAGACACGGCCAGGGAGUCCUCGCCCGACACAUGCAGCAGCAGCAGUUCCAGCUUCAGGACGGCGGCGUGGACCCUCGGGGACCAGGGUCAGGCGGACGGUAAGCACCAGAUCAUGACAUUCCCGCUCAAGUGCCGGUGGAAGAAAGAGAUGAUCUCUGCUCACGCUGCCAUGGCGGAGGAGAUGCGCUAACGUCUGCUACACACACGCAAUACUGAACAGACAGUACCUCGAGGCUUGUUCUAUUCGGAUGCCAGACUGUACAAUGUACAUUCUUUUUAAAAAAUUCCGACUUUGGGUAAUUUACCUCAACAGUAUAUUGAAUAUCUAUUUCCUCUGGCUGUAUUCAAAUCUAAUAUUAUUAUUUAACUGUAAAUAUAAACGGGUAUUUAAGAAGGAAAUCGUAAGCGGAUUGUAAAUUUUGUUUUGUUCAUUUUGGUGAUCUUUUCAGGCAGGAGACCACAUAAACAAUCGUCAUAUAUAUAUAU